CGAUCUACAAGCAAAAGUUGACCUGAUAAUCGCCCAACAUCAGCGCGAUCUGGAGGCUGCCAACUGGAAACUGCAGGAGAAAACUAAAGAGAUUUCAACCAUCAGGUUGCUAAGAUGAGAGGUAGCGUUCGCUUGUUGGCCAAAAGAUACAACUCUUCAUCUUCAGUAUGUCCGGCUGCUGUGGAAGCAACUACAGCUCAGGUUAAGGUGGACUCCGAACCCCGACCCUAUGCCGAAGUGCCGGGUCCAAAACCUAUUCCAGUCCUUGGCAAUACGUGGCGGCUGUUACCUCUAAUAGGUCAAUACCAAAUCUCAGACCUGGCCAAGGUAUCCAAGAUCCUUUACAAUGAGUACGGCAAAAUAGUGAAGCUUUCAGGCUUGGUUGGCAGGCCUGAUUUACUGUUCGUCUACGAUGCUGCCGAAAUCGAGAUGAUGUACCGCACUGAGACCGAUGCUCCACACAGGCCCUCCAUGCCCUGUCUAGUCAAGUACAAGAGUGAAGUACGCAAGGACUUUUUCGGAAGACUGCCUGGCGUGGUUGGUGUGCACGGAGAACCUUGGAGAGAGUUUAGAACCAAAGUACAAAGACCUAUUUUAAGACCUGCCGCUGUAGUACAAUACAUCCAACCCAUUGAAGAGGUCACCAAUCAAUUCCUUGACAGGAUGCUUCAAAUACGAGAUGAUCGAGACGAACUACCAAACGAUUUCGAUAAUGAUAUUCACAAAUGGGCUCUAGAAUGUAUUGGGAGAAUAGCUCUUGACGUCCGUUUGGGAUGUCUGGAUCCAAAUUUGGCCGACGAUUCAGAGCCUAUGAAGAUAAUCAAUGGAGCCAAAUUUGCAUUGAGGAACAUCGCUCUGCUAGAACUGAAAUUCCCGUUCUGGAGAUAUGUGCCAACUCCGCUGUGGGGGCGAUACGUCAAAAACAUGGACUAUUUCAUUGAAAUAUGUAUGAAACACAUAGACACAGCCCAGGAUCGUCUACAGAAAAAAUUGGACGCUGGAACUCCAGAGAGCGAAUUUUCUGUGGUGGAGAGAAUACUGCUGAGCGAUCCUGAUCCAAAACUAGCCUACGUUUUAGCAUUGGAUUUGAUAUUGGUUGGAAUUGACACGAUAUCAAUGGCAGUUUGCUCCGUGUUAUACCAACUUGCAACAAGGACUGAAGAACAAGAAAAAAUGUACAAAGAACUGAAAAAAGUUCUGCCAACCAAAGAUACUCCUCUCACAAAUAAUCUGCUGGAAAAUAUGCCUUAUACUAGGUCGUUUAUCAAGGAAGUACUAAGAAUGUAUUCCACUGUGAUUGGCAACGGCAGAACUCUAUUGGAGGAUAAAGUAAUCUGCGGAUACAAUAUACCAAAGGGGGUCCAACUAGUGUUUCCUACUAUAGUAACCGGCAACAUGCCGGAAUACGUGAGAGAUCCGGAUCAUUUCUACCCAGAACGCUGGCUGAAAGAACACAAGGCAGAUUACUACAGACAUCCCUUCGCUUCUCUACCCUAUGGGUUCGGAGUCCGCAUGUGCCUUGGAAGGCGAUUCGCCGACCUCGAAAUGCAGAUACUUCUUGCUAAGCUGGUACGGUCUUACAAGCUUGAAUACCACCAUGAACCCUUGGAAUACAAAGUGACGUUCAUGUACGCUCCAGAGGGUCCGCUCAAAUUCAAGAUGACCCCAAGAGAUGACUAACAAUCACCAUGAAUCAAAAUUAACCAAAUAUUUAUAUCCGUUGUUCUAGUAAUUCACAAAAUGAGAGUAAGGACUGGUUUCCAGGUCGCUUAUCAAAUCAAAUGAACCAUUAAACAUAUAGAUUUGAUGAUCCAUUAGAUUUUUUAAGUGCCCUAGAAACUGGGUCUGGAACUAUUCUUUACUCGGUUGAUAUAACUUCUGAUCUAAAUGUCCAAAAUGUAUUUUCAUAGAGAAAAGGCAUUUCCAAUGGUUAACGAGUGAAAAAUAAAAUCUAUAUUAUCAAGAUAAUAUAUAUUAUGAUAAAGACAAAUCAAACAUAAAUAAUAAGUUAUUGUUGUUAUUAAGAUGUUUAUAAUCUGUUGUAUACUAUGCUAAUUAAAAUUUUAAUGAGUGA